AUGAACCACAAUUACCGAAUAUCGCCGACAGUUAUCCUCGACCUUUGCUUCUGCUACCAGACCCUAGAUUGGUCACCAUUUGAUAUCAAUUCCCAGUCACAGACUCAAUCAAACAUUCAAUCACCCAACCUGCCGAUCCAACCUCAAUCAAAUGACCAAUCGCUGUUACAAUUGAACUCGCAAUUAUUAGGAUCUAAGUCUCAAUCACAGGAUCAACCAAACUUACAACCGAGUGGGUCACCGUUUAGCUCUCAACCCCAAUAUCAAUUAAACUCAGGACCAUCUGAUAUCAAUUCCCAGUCACAGACUCAAUCAAACACUCAAUCACCCAACCUGCCGAUCCAACCUCAAUCAAAUGACCAAUCGCUGUUACAAUUGAACUCUCAAUUAUUAGCAUCAAAGUUUCAAUUACAGGAUCAACCAAACUUCCAACCAACUGGGUCACCGUUUAGCACUCAGCCUCAAUAUCAAUUAAACUCAGUAGCAUCUGAUAUCAAUUCCCAGUCACAGACUCAAUCAAACAUUCAAUCACCCAACCUGCCGAUCCAACCUCAAUCAAAUGACCAAUCGCUGUUACAAUUGAACUCUCAAUUAUUCGGAUCUAAGUCUCAAUCACAGGAUCAACCAAACUUACAACCGAGUGGGUCACCGUUUAGCUCUCAACCCCAAUAUCAAUUAAACUCAGGACUAUCUGAUAUCAAUUCCCAGUCACAGACUCAAUCAAACACUCAAUCACCCAACCUGCCGAUCCAACCUCAAUCAAAUGACCAAUCGCUGUUACAAUUGAACUCUCAAUUAUUAGGAUCUAAGUCUCAAUCACAGGAUCAACCAAACUUACAACCGAGUGGGUCACCGUUUAGCUCUCAACCCAAAUAUCAAUUAAACUCAGGACCAUCUGAUAUCAAUUCCCAGUCACAGACUCAAUCAAACACUCAAUCACCCAACCUGCCGAUCCAACCUCAAUCAAAUGACCAAUCGCUGUUACAAUUGAACUCUCAAUUAUUAGCAUCAAAGUCUCAAUUACAGGAUCAACCAAACUUCCAACCAACUGGGUCACCGUUUAGCACUCAGCCUCAAUAUCAAUUAAACUCAGUAGCAUCUGAUAUCAAUUCCCAGUCACAGACUCAAUCAAACAUUCAAUCACCCAACCUGCCGAUCCAACCUCAAUCAAAUGACCAAUCGCUGUUACAAUUGAACUCUCAAUUAUUAGGAUCUAAGUCUCAAUCACAGGAUCAACCAAACUUACAACCGACUGGGUCACCGUUUAGCUCCCAACCUCAAUAUCAAUUAAACUCAGGACCAUCUGAUAUCAAUUCCCAGUCACAGACUCAAUCAAACACUCAAUCACCCAACCUGCCGAUCCAACCUCAAACAAAUGACCAAUCGCUGUUACAAUUGAACUCUCAAUUAUUCGGAUCUAAGUCUCAAUCACAGGAUCAACCAAACUUACAACCGAGUGGGUCACCGUUUAGCUCUCAACCCCAAUAUCAAUUAAACUCAGGACUAUCUGAUAUCAAUUCCCAGUCACAGACUCAAUCAAACAUUCAAUCACCCAACCUGCCGAUCCAACCUCAAUCAAAUGACCAAUCGCUGUUACAAUUGAACUCUCAAUUAUUAGGAUCUAAGUACCAAUCACAGGAUCAACCAAACUUACAACCGACUGGGUCACCGUUUAGCUCACAACCUCAAUAUCAAUUAAACUCAGGACCAUCUGAUAUCAAUUCCCAGUCACAGACUCAAUCAUACACUCAAUCACCCAACCUGCCGAUCCAACCUCAAUCAAAUGACCAAUCGCUGUUACAAUUGAACUCUCAAUUAUUCGGAUCUAAGUCUCAAUCACAGGAUCAACCAAACUUACAACCGAGUGGGUCACCGUUUAGCUCUCAACCCCAAUAUCAAUUAAACUCAGGAGCAUCUGAUAUCAAUUCCCAGUCACAGACUCAAUCAAACACUCAAUCACCCAACCUGCCGAUCCAACCUCAAUCAAAUGACCAAUCGCUGUUACAAUUGAACUCUCAAUUAUUAGGAUCUAAGUACCAAUCACAGGAUCAACCAAACUUACAACCGACUGGGUCACCGUUUAGCUCACAACCUCAAUAUCAAUUAAACUCAGGACCAUCUGAUAUCAAUUCCCAGUCACAGACUCAAUCAAACACUCAAUCACCCAACCUGCCGAUCCAACCUCAAUCAAAUGACCAAUCGCUGUUACAAUUGAACUCUCAAUUAUUCGGAUCUAAGUCUCAAUCACAGGAUCAACCAAACUUACAACCGAGUGGGUCACCGUUUAGCUCUCAACCCCAAUAUCAAUUAAACUCAGGACUAUCUGAUAUCAAUUCCCAGUCACAGACUCAAUCAAACAUUCAAUCACCCAACCUGCCGAUCCAACCUCAAUCAAAUGACCAAUCGCUGUUACAAUUGAACUCUCAAUUAUUAGCAUCAAAGUCUCAAUUACAGGAUCAACCAAACUUCCAACCAACUGGGUCACCGUUUAGCACUCAGCCUCAAUAUCAAUUAAACUCAGUAGCAUCUGAUAUCAAUUCCCAGUCACAGACUCAGUCAAACGUUCAAUCACCCAACCUGCCGAUCCAACCUCAAUCAAAUGUCCAAUCGCAGUCCCAAUUGAACUCUGAAUUAUUAGGAUCAAGGCCUCAAUUACAGGAUCCAUCAAACUUUCAAUCGUCUGGGCCACCGUCUAGCUCUCAAUCUCAAUUCCAGUUAAGCUCAGGAGCAUCUAAAGCUUUGCAAUCGCAGACUCAGUCAAACGUUCAAUCACCCAAUCUGCCGUUACCGGCUCAAUCAAAUGUCCAAUCGCAGUCCCAAUUGAACUCUGAGUUAUUAGGAUCAAGGCCUCAAUUCCAGGAUCAAUCAAACUUACAAUCGUCUGGGUCACCGUCUAGCUCUCAAUCUCAAUUCCAGUUAAGCUCAGGAGCAUCUAAAACUUCGCAAUCACAGACUCAGUCAAACGUUCAAUCACCCAAUCUGCCGUUACCGGCUCAAUCAAAUGUCCAAUCGCAGUCCCAAUUGAACUCUGAGUUAUUAGGAUCAAUCCCUCAAUUACAGGAUCAAUCAAACUUACAAUCGUCUGGGUCACCGUCUAGCUCUCCAUCUCAAUUCCAGAUAAGCUCAGCAGCAUCUACAACCUCGCAAUCACAGACUCAGUCAAACGUUCAAUCACCCAAUCUGCCGUUACCGGCUCAAUCAAAUGUCCAAUCGCAAUCCCAAUUGAACUCUGAGUUAUCAGGAUCAAGGCCUCAAUUACAGGAUCAAUCAAACUUACAAUCGUCUGGGUCACCGUCUAGCUCUCAAUCUCAAUUCCAGUUAAGCUCAGGAGCAUCUAAAACUUCGCAAUCACAGACUCAGUCAAACGUUCAAUCACCCAAUCUGCCGUUACCGGCUCAAUCAAAUGUCCAAUCGCAGUCCCAAUUGAACUCUGAGUUAUUAGGAUCAAUCCCUCAACUACAGGAUCAAUCAAACUUGCAAUCGUCUGGGUCACCGUCUAGCUCUCCAUCUCAAUUGCCGUUAAAGUCAGCAGGAUCUACAACUUCGCAAUCACAGACUCAGUCAAACGUUCAAUCACCCAAUCUGCCGUUACCGGCUCAAUCAAAUGUCCAAUCGCAGUCCCAAUUGAACUCUGAGUUAUUAGGAUCAAUCCCUCAAUUACAGGAUCAAUCAAACUUACAAUCGUCUGGGUCACCGUCUAGCUCUCCAUCUCAAUCCCAGAUAAGCUCAGCAGCAUCUACAACUUCGCAAUCACUGACUCAGUCAAACGUUCAAUCACCCAAUCUGCCGUUACCGGCUCAAUCAAAUGUCCAAUCGCAAUCCCAAUUGAACUCUGAGUUAUCAGGAUCAAGGCCUCAAUUACAGGAUCAAUCAAACUUACAAUCGUCUGGGUCACCGUCUAGCUCUCAAUCUCAAUUCCAGUUAAGCUCAGGAGCAUCUAAAACUUCGCAAUCACAGACUCAGUCAAACGUUCAAUCACCCAAUCUGCCGUUACCGGCUCAAUCAAAUGUCCAAUCGCAGUCCCAAUUGAACUCUGAGUUAUUAGGAUCAAUCCCUCAAUUACAGGAUCAAUCAAACUUACAAUCGUCUGGGUCACCGUCUAGCGCUCAAUCUCAAUCCCAACAUGACACAGGAGCAUCUGAAAUCAAUUCCCAGUCACAGACUCAAUCAAACAUUCAAUCACCUGUCCUGCCCUCCCCUGCUCAGUCAAACGUUCAAUCACCCGAACUACCGUUACCGGCUCAAUCAAAUGUCCAAUCGCAGUCCCAAUUGAACUCUGAGUUAUUAGGAUCAAGCCCUCAAUUACAGGAUCAAUCAAACUUACAAUCGUCUGGGUCACCGUCUAGCUCUCAAUCUCAAUUCCAGUUAAGCUCAGGAGCAUCUAAAACUUCGCAAUCACAGACUCAGUCAAACGUUCAAUCACCCAAUCUGCCGUUACCGGCUCAAUCAAAUGUCCAAUCGCAGUCCCAAUUGAACUCUGAGUUAUUAGGAUCAAUCCCUCAACUACAGGAUCAAUCAAACUUGCAAUCGUCUGGGUCACCGUCUAGCUCUCCAUCUCAAUUGCCGUUAAAGUCAGCAGGAUCUACAACUUCGCAAUCACAGACUCAGUCAAACGUUCAAUCACCCAAUCUGCCGUUACCGGCUCAAUCAAAUGUCCAAUCGCAGUCCCAAUUGAACUCUGAGUUAUUAGGAUCAAGCCCUCAAUUACAGGAUCAAUCAAACUUACAACCGACUGGGUCACCGUUAAGCUCUCAACCUCAACAUCAAUUAAACUCAGUAGCAUCUGAUAUCAAUUCCCAGCCACAGACUCAGUCAAACGUUCAAUCACCCAAUCUUCCGUUACCGGCUCAAUCAAAUGUCCAAUCGCAGUCCCAAUUGAACUCUGAGUUAUUAGGAUCAAUCCCUCAACUACAGGAUCAAUCAAACUUGCAAUCGUCUGGGUCACCGUCUAGCUCUCCAUCUCAAUUGCCGUUAAAGUCAGCAGCAUCUACAACUUCGCAAUCACAGACUCAGUCAAACGUUCAAUCACCCAAUCUGCCGUUACCGGCUCAAUCAAAUGUCCAAUCGCAGUCCCAAUUGAACUCUGAGUUAUUAGGAUCAAUCCCUCAACUACAGGAUCAAUCAAACUUGCAAUCGUCUGGGUCACCGUCUACCUUUCCAUCUCAAUUGCCGUUAAAGUCAGCAGCAUCUACAACUUCGCAAUCACAGACUCAGUCAAACGUUCAAUCACCCAAUCUGCCGUUACCGGCUCAAUCAAAUGUCCAAUCGCAGUCCCAAUUGAACUCUGAGUUAUUAGGAUCAAGCCCUCAAUUGCAGGAUCAAUCAAACUUACAAUCAUCUGAGUUACCGUCUAGCUCUCCAUCUGAGUUCCCGUUAAACUCAGCAGCAUCUACAACUUCGCAAUCACGGACUCAUUCAAACGUUCAAUCACCCAAUCUGCCGUUACCGGCUCAAUCAAAUGUCCAAUCGCAAUCCCAAUUGAACUCUGAGUUAUCAGGAUCAAGCCCUCAAUUACAGGAUCAAUCAAACUUGCAAUCGUCUGGAUCACCGUCUAGCUCUCAAUCUCAAUUCCAGUUAAGCUCAGGAGCAUCACAGACUCAGUCAAACGUUCAAUCACCGAAUCUGCCGUUACCGGCUCAAUCAAAUGUCCAAUCGCAGUCCCAAUUGAACUCUGAGUUAUUAGGAUCAAUCCCUCAAUUACAGGAUCAAUCAAACUUACAAUCGUCUGGGUCACCGUCUAGCGCUCAAUCUCAAUCGCAGCUUGACACAGGAGCAUCUGAAAUCAAUUCUCAGUCACAGACUCAAUCAAACAUUCAAUCACCUGUCCUGCCCUUCCCUGCUCAGUCAAACGUUCAAUCACCCGAACUACCGUUACCGGCUCAAUCAAAUGUCCAAUCGCAGUCACAAUUGAACUCGCAGUUAUUAGGAUUAAACUCCCAAUCACAGAAUCAAUCAAAUUUAGAACCGUCUGGGACACCGUCUAGCUUUCAAUCUCAAUUUCAAUCGCAUUUAAAUUCAGGAGCAUCUAAAACAUCACAGACACAAACUCAGUUAAACGUUCAAUCACCCAAUCUGGCUCAAACAAAUGCCCAAUUGCAGUCACAGGUUAAUUCUCAUUUAUUAGGACCCAUAUCUCAAUCACAGAUCCAAUCAAACUCACAAUUGUCUGAGGCACCGUCUAGCUCUCAAUCUCAAUCCGAGUUAAGCUCAGGAGCAUCUAAAACUUCGCAAUCACAGAUUCUGUCAAACAUUCCAUCACCCGAACUGCCGUUCCCGGCUCAAUCAAAUGUCCAAUCGCAGUCACAAGUGAACUCCAAGUUAUUAGGACUACAGUCGCAAUCACAGAAUCAAUCAAAUUUAGAAUCGUCUGGGUCACCUUCUAGCUCUCAAUCUCAUUCCCAGUUAAACUCGGAUGCAUCUAAAACCAAUUUGCAUUCCCAGGCUCAGUCAAUCGUUCCAUCUCCCGAACUGCCGUUACCGGCUCAAUCAAAUGUCCAAUCGCAGUCCCAAUUGAACUCUCAGUUAUUAGGACCGAAAUUCCAAUCACAGAAUCAAUCAAACUCACAAUUGUCUGAGGCACCGUCUAGCUCUCAAUCUCCAUCCCAGUUAAGCUCAGGAGCAUCUAAAACUUCACAAUCACAGACUCAGUCAAACGUUCAAUUACACAAUCUGCCGUUACCGGCUCAAUCAAAUGUCCAAUCGCAAUCCCAAUUGAACUCUGAGUUAUCAGGAUCAAGGCCUCAAUUACAGGAUCAAUCAAACUUACAAUCGUCUGGGUCACCGUCUAGCUCUCAAUCUCAAUUCCAGUUAAGCUCAGGAGCAUCUAAAACUUCGCAAUCACAGACUCAGUCAAACAUUCAAUCACCCAAUAUGCCGUUACCGGCUCAAUCAAACGUCCAAUCACAGUCACAAUUUAGUUCUCAGUUAUUAGGACCAAAAUCUCAACCACAGGAUACAUCAAACUCACAUUUGGCUGGGCCAGCGACUAGCUUUCAAUCUCAAUCCCAACAUGACACAGGAGAAUCUGGCAACAAUUCGCAGUAUCAGACUCAAUCAAACACUCAAUCACAUGACACUGCUCAAUCAAACAUCCAAUCGCAGUCACAAUUGAACUCUCAGUUAUUAGGAACAAAAUCUCAAUCACAGGAUCCAUCAAACUCACAUUUGGCUGGGUCACCGUCUAGCUCUCAAUCUCAAUCCCAGUUAAGCUCAGGGGCAUCUGAUAUCAAUUCGCAGUCACAGACUCAAUUAAAAAUUCAAUCACCCGACCUGCCGUUCUCGGCUCAAUCAAAUAUCCAAACACAGUCACAAUUGAACUCUAAGUUAUUAGACUUGCGAUUCCAAGCGCAGUCCCAAUCAAACCCUCAAUCGAUCGCAAAGGAACCAGUGGCUGCAAUUAGUCUUCAACCACAACCUGGAAAACAAAACAGUCCAUUGUUAGAAUUACCGUAUAACUCGAAUCAAUCACAAACAGUAGAUUUAAAGCCUGCCAAAAACAAAGUGGCUCUCUACAGUCCAUCGAAUCCACCACUAUUCUUCUCGCAGGCCGACAUUUUAGAUGACUCAAAGCUAAAAACGAUUGACCUUGUUGAAAAAUACGGUUAUCCAUCGGAGACAUACUCGUUGAACUCAGAAGAUGGCUAUAUUCUCAGCUUGCAUCGGAUUCCGCGUCCAGGAGCUCGACCCAUUUUGCUGGUUCAUGGUUUGAUGUCCAGCUCGGCUUCGUGGGUGGAAAUGGGCCCUCAGAAUGGACUAGCCUACAUCCUUUACCGAAACGGUUUCGAUGUGUGGAUGCUGAACGCCAGAGGCACCAUAUACUCCCGCGGGCACACUGGUCCUAAGUUGAAGCCACGAAAGUACUGGGACUUUUCGUUCCACGAGAUCGGAAAGUUUGAUGUACCCGCAGCCAUUGAUUUCGUCCUGAACCGCACUAACAAGCCGAAGAUCCUAUACAUUGGACACUCCCAGGGUUCCACCGCCUUCUUUGUGAUGUGCAGCGAAAGGCCAGGAUAUGCCGACAAAGUGGAACUCAUGCAGGCUCUUUCACCAAUGGUUUAUCUCAAGGAAAACCGCAGUCCGGUCCUGAAGUUCCUUGGCAUGUUUAAGGGAAAAUUCGCGAUGUUAAUUAACUUACUUGGCGGAUACGAGAUUUCCUCAAAGAGCAAGCUAAUCCAUCAGUUCCAUCAACACAUUUGUUCCACUUCGGAAGUAGCGAGUGAAAUCUGCGGCAUCUUUGACUUUGUGCUCUGUGGAUUCGACUGGCACGGCUUUAAUAGGACCCUCACCCCAAUUGUGGCUGCCCACGCUUCUCAAGGAGCCUCUGCGAAGCAAGUCUACCACUACGCCCAACUUCAACAUGAAAAUGGUUUCCACUAUUACGACCAUGGAGAAGCUCUGAAUCGGGUUCGCUACCAAUCCCCCGUACCACCGGCCUACAAUCUGUCACGUGUGACAUCAAAAGUGGUGAUACACUACGGAGGAGGCGACUGGUUGGGAGCCGACUCAGAUGUGCUCCUCCUGCAAGAGCGCCUUCCUAAUCUUGUCGAGAGCCGAAAGGUGAAGUACGACGGCUUCUCCCACUUUGAUUUCAUGCUCUCGUCGAAUGUCCGUUCGCUGCUCUACGAUCACGUCGUAGCGCUCUUGCCAGUCAUUAAUAAUUGACAUUAUUGAAGAACUAAGGGAUUGACUUCUAGCAUAUUUUGCGGUUAAUGUUCCAGUAAACGAAUUAGCAAAUACACAAAGCAACAAUAGUCUUUGCAACUAAAUGUAACAUUAAACGUGAAAAAAUAAACGAAAUUAAAUAAAGAUUA